AUGGAAACAGUUUCUUAACACAUCAAACAACUCAAUCAAAAGAAUCAAGAACUUUCUGUCUUAGAAAACAGAAUUGUUUAACUUAAAUAACAAUUAAAUUUACAAUAAGCAAACAAUAAUAUUUUAAAGUCUAAAGUUGAUAAGAUAGUUCAUUCCAAAAAAUAAAAGUUUUAUGAUUAAAUGAAGGUAAUCUCAUUACAAAACAAUUUAGCUUAAAUAGAUACUAUCAGAUAAUACUGUAAACAAUGAUGGUGUUCAGUAUUUGAUUUAGAGAAAUAGAUUGCUAUAAAAUGAAGAACUAAGAUAAACUAAACAAGAUAUGUUAGAAGAGAAGUAUCUUCAAACUUAAUAGAUGAAAUAAAAAUUAGAUUUGUAGAUGCUUUUAAAUUAAAAGAAGAGAGAUCAAUAACUAUUAGAGAAAUAGCAAUCAUAUGCUAAAGUGAUCAGAAUUAUAUUAUUUAAUAGAUAUCUGAAUGGGAAUUCAACUUAAAAUUAGAUCUUAGAUAAAGAUAGAUUGAUAAAAUAGAUAAAAUUAGAUCAGAAGAGAAGGAAUUUAAAGAAAAAUUAGCAAAUAGAAUGUAAGAAUAAUAGUAACUUUGUGAUUAAUUGUAAAAUGAAGAAUAAAUAUUAUUGAGGUAUUUUAAUAUUUGUUAAUUAUAAAGCAAAUUAAGAAAUUCUUAACAAUUUGGAAGUUCUCUAAAGAAUGAUUUAACAACUGCUUUAAAUUUAAGUAUCAAAGAAUAUAGCAAUAAUCUUAAUACAUCAAUUCCUGCUCAUAUAAAAUCAUAUAGUUCUUAAAAAUUACCAAAAGAAUAAUAAAAUAGUCCUUAUGCUUAAUUACCUACAAUGCUUUAAAUGAAGAUGAGUACAUAAAUUAAUAAGAGUAAAAAUAAUAAUGUUUCAUUUCGAGAAUCUCAAAUGAAAGAAUAUUAAUUUUCUCUGCCUUCUCUUUGUAAACCUACAUUUGUAGAAUAACAAUAACAUGUAGAUAGAUUAUAUUAAUCAAAAACAGUAAAGAAUAGUAAAUCAGAUUUGUAAUAAAUACUUAAUUAUUGUGAUUCCUAAGGAAAAAUAGAUUAGAAAUCAAAAUUUAGAAUAAAUUCAAAUGAAGUAAUAUAAAAUUAAGAGAGUAAUUCAUCAAUAAAAGAAAAUAAAUAGAAUUAAAAAGAUUAACAAUAAAUAAAAUAAUUAUCAUCAAAUGAAAUCAAAAAUAAUAAUGAAGAAGAAUCAGAUAAUCAUCAGAAUUAAUAAGAAGAAUAAUAAUGA